AUGAUGGGAGAUGACGAUGUUCGUUUUGUGCCCAAAGAUCAUUCGUUAAAGGCAGAGUUCAUAUACGAGUUGCUGAGCAUUGGAGAGCCUUACGGACAACUGCGGUUUCAAAAAUGGAAAUCUAUGAGUUCACGAGGGAUAGAGCAGUUCGCAAACUCACACCCGAACACUUUUUUAAGAAGAACCAACAGAGGAAUACCGCAGAGGUAUAGGUGGGAAAGCUGGAAGGUAGCCCUGAGUUAUAACCACUAUAAUUCCCUGGUCGGGGACCUGUACGAAUCCUACGCAACGCAAGAUAACGAAUACGUCUCAAUUAUAAACAUAGACGUGCCAAGAACUUUUCCUGAGUUAAAGGUGUUUAACAAGGAUGCACAAAAUCAACUAUAUCGCAUUUUGUCUGCCUAUGGAAAUUAUCAGCCCGAAAUAGGGUACUGUCAAGGCAUGAAUUUCGUAGCAGGCCUGCUUCUCCUGGUUAGCGGCUUCAAUGAGAAGGAGGCCUUCGUCGGCUUCGUUGGACUCAUGAACGAAUUUAAGCUCCAAGAGUUCUACAAGCCGUCAUUUCCGAUGAUCAAGACCUACAUCAGAGGAUUUGAGAGGCUGUUGAGGGAGCUGGCGCCAGACCUAUACGAGCACCUCAUGAGGGAGGAGGUAUCAGUGGCAGUAUUUCUGCACCAAUGGGCUAUGAGCUGUUUACCUGCAGUCUCAGCCUAUUUUAUAAGCGUUAAUCCCGAAACUUGUAGGUUUCUUACCAUGUUUGUUGCAAGUUUGCCCCUGCGUACAGUGGUGGCCCUGUGGGAUUACAUGCUGUACAACGGACUCUCAAGCAUACUGACGGUCUCGCUAGGGCUCAUGUGGCUGCUGAUGCCGCAGAUAACACGGCUGAACUUUGAGGGAAUACUUACGCUGCUGAAGGACAUCAAGUGCUCGGACAGCAAGGACGACCUGAGGGUGGGCAGAGUGAUAAUCAACCAGGCGCACAGGAUCGCAGUGACCACAGUGGACAUCAACGAGUACCUGGACCUCUCGAGCUCAGUGAACGACUUCGAGUACAGCGACUCGGAAAACAACGAAAGCUACGAGUCGCACGACACCAGCUCAGGCGGAAGCAAGAGCGCCAAGUCGGCCAGCUACAAGGACAGCUCGGAAUCAAAGUCGAGCAGCUACAAUUAUAGCUCGGAUUCUAAGUCUAGCCGCUCAUGCCAGAGCAGCGGUGACAAAUCGAGCAGUUACACCGAUAGUGAGUGA